UCUGCUCCCGUGACUCGGGAGCUUCCUCAAACUUUCCUUCUGUAAUAAACAUUUGGUUUUCUUUUCAGCGCCUUGCCACAGAUCCCGUUUCUCUAUGCUGUUCCAGCGUUAGCCUUCUUCUUUAGAUGUCCUUCGACCUGUUCUUUUUUGUUUCACAAUGAAGCUGGAGGUCUUUCUUUUACUCCAUGCGGCUGCGACCUUCGCGUCUUGUCAAAAGUUAACGGCAGCCACGGUGUACUGGGACGCCGAGCACAAGCUGGUUUUGUUGAAAGAGGGAGUUCUGGAGACAGAAGGGGACGCUUACGGCUACCUGAACAACACCUUGUCCACCUCCGGCUGGAGCAUCCUGGAGAUCCGUGCCGGAUAUGGGAAGACCCCAGAAACCGAUGACAUCAUCUUUUUUUUGGCCGGAUACCUGGAGGGUUUCCUCACGGCUCAACAGAUGAUGGACCACUACACCAACAUGUACCCCCAGCUGAUCAAAGACUCGAAGGUCCUGGAGCCAGUGAAGACCUUCAUGGAGAAGCAGGACUCUUGGGUCAGGCAGCAGGUGAAGCUCAAUCAGGACUCGGAUCCUCUGUGGAAACACGCCGGCUUCAUCGUGGCUCAAAUAGACGGACUGCAAGCAGGCGUGGCGGCCUGGGCCAAGAAGCAAGGGAAGAAACCGCUGUCGCUGUUUGACGUGCAGUUUCUAAACGCAGUCGGAGACCUGCUGGAUCUGAUCCCAGCCUUGGUCCCUGGCUCCAAACCUCUGCUGCGGGACUUUAAACUGCCAGGGAUGGGGCACUGCUCUGCACUCAUUAAGAUGCUGCCAGGCUUUGAGAACCUCCUGUUUGCUCAUUCCAGCUGGUACACAUUCGCUGCCACCAUGCGAAUCUACAAACACUGGGAUUUCCACAUCUCUGAGCCUCACACAGCCACUGGAAAACUCUCCUUCAGCAGCUACCCCGGUUUCCUGGUGUCUCUAGACGAUUUCUACCUUCUUGGCAGUGGUCUGAUGAUGACCCAGACGACCAACAACGUCUUUAAUACUUCUCUGUUUGACGCCGUCACUCCUGAAAGCCUGCUGGCCUGGCAGAGGGUCCGGCUCGCCCACAGUUUGGCCCAAACAGGAGAGGAAUGGGCCAAAACCUUCUCCAAGUACAACUCUGGAACUUACAACAACCAGUACAUGGUGCUGGACAGGAGCAAAGUGAAGCUGGGCCAGAUCCUGGACGACGGCGCUCUGACUGUGGUGGAGCAGAUCCCCAGCUUGGUGGAGUAUUCGGACCAGACCCAGGCUCUGCGCAGAGGGUACUGGCCGUCCUACAACAUCCCCUUCCACAGGAGCAUCUACACUCUCAGUGGUUAUACUGAAAUGUGGAAAGAGUACGGAGACGACUUCUCUUACGAUUUGUGUCCCAGAGCCAAGAUCUUCCGCCGCGACCAGGCCACCGUCAAAGAUCUGGACUCCUUGAAGCACAUCAUGAGAUUUAAUGACUAUAAGAAAGAUCCUUACUCCAAGGGCGACCCCUGCAAGAGCAUCUGCUGCCGGAAUGACCUUAAAUCUCAGAAGCCUUCACCAAAUGGGUGCUAUGAUUCUAAGGUGACAGAUUUCUUCAUGGCGGGAGAUUUCAUGGCGGAGGCGGUGAACGGCCCGACGACCCAGGAUGGACUCCCACCAUUUUCCUGGGACAAAUACAGCAGCAUCAGCCACCAGGGCCUGCCGCAGUUCUACAACUUCACCUUUGUGAAGAUGAAGCCGCUUCUGUUCAAACCAUGAUGAGCUGUCAGGCUCACGAGGAUAACCUGACCCAAUCCGACUGGAGUCAAACUUGAAUCGAAUUUGAUUUUGUGAAUGACAUGCCUGUCUUUAAGACUGUCACUAAAGGCUCAGAUGCACUGCCUCUGUUUAAGAGAUGCUGCAUGUGUAAACGGUUCUGAUCCAUCUAUUGGUCCAGACCGCUUUCCAUUCAGCUGUCCCUUCAUGUGGCAUUUUAUUUUGAAAAGGAAGCAGAAUCUGUCAGGACUGUUUCCUUUAUUCCCAUCUUUCCCUUAAAGACUUCUUGUUUCCAUCCUGUUGAAGCAGAGGACUGCAGUGGAGGACAGUGGACAGUGUUCUGGGCUGAAGUCGAUUUUAAUAACGGAAUCAAAGCACUUGACGAUUUUUAUUCCAAAUAAUAUCUGUUUUUAACACAUAAAUUCUCUCUUUUUUUUUUUUUUUUA